AUGGGCGAACGUGAAUUUGAUUUGGGUGGUUUCCUAAAGGACUUUGCUGCCGGUGGCAUUUCAGCUGCAAUUUCAAAAACUGUUGUUGCGCCAAUAGAACGCGUCAAAUUGUUGCUGCAAGUUCAACAUAUUUCCAAACAAAUAUCUCCUGACAAACAAUACAAAGGAAUGAUUGAUUGUUUCGUCCGCAUACCAAAAGAACAAGGAUUCACAUCUUAUUGGCGUGGUAAUUUGGCAAAUGUCAUUCGAUAUUUUCCCACUCAAGCUUUGAAUUUUGCCUUCAAUGAUAAAUAUAAGAAGAUAUUUUUGGGAGGAGUUGAUAAAAAUACACAAUUUUGGCGAUAUUUUAUGGGAAAUUUAGCUUCAGGUGGAGCUGCAGGAGCAACGUCGCUGUGUUUCGUUUAUCCAUUGGAUUUUGCAAGAACAAGAUUGGGUGCUGAUACUGGCAAGACAGGACAAAGGGAAUUCACUGGACUUGGUGAUUGUUUGAUGAAGAUAUUCAAGAGUGAUGGUCCCAUUGGUCUUUAUCGUGGAUUUAAUGUAUCAGUUCAAGGAAUUAUUAUCUAUCGUGCUGCCUAUUUUGGUUUUUAUGAUACAGCUCGUGGAAUGCUUCCAGAUCCAAAGAAUACCAAACUUUACAUAAGCUGGGCUAUUGCACAAGUUGUAACAACUGUUGCUGGUAUUGCAUCAUAUCCAUUUGAUACAGUUCGACGCCGAAUGAUGAUGCAAUCAGGUUUGAAAGCCACUGAGGUAACUUAUAAAAAUACAGCACAUUGCUGGGCUGUAAUAGCAAAAACAGAGGGGACGGGUGCAUUUUUUAAAGGUGCUUUCUCAAAUGUGUUGAGAGGAACUGGAGGUGCAUUUGUGUUGGUUUUGUAUGAUGAAAUAAGAAAUUUGAUGUAGUUUUUGUUUAAUUG